AUGACUCAAAAACAGACAGGAAAUGUCAAAGACUAUGACGACAACUUCGUCAUCGGAGUGGACAAAGCCAAUGUUUCCCAUGCAGAGGUUUCUGUUCUGUCCGCUAAGCAGAGGAUGAGCCCCUGGGACUGCAUGCAGCAGAAUCCCGAGAUUGCUCUUCUGACAUUGUACGCCAAUAUUGGGUCUGCCAUGGUGGGUUAUGAGAACGUCGCUCUGUCUGUCUGUCUCGCCAUGCCGGCCUUCCAUCAACGGAAUACUCAUCACGCGCACUGGCAGUCUGCCUGGAACGCUACCUAUAACGUCAUGAGCAUGCUUGGAUCUGUGGUUGCUGGUUUCCUGCAGGACUGGUUCGGACGCCGCUCCGUCUUCCUAGCGGCCAUCAUCUGCUCCGUAACGGGUACUGCGAUCAACUACGUUGCGGAGACACCGGCAGUACUUCUCGGCGGCAAAAUAGUCACGGGUUUCGCCGUCGGUCUCGUGCUCGCUGGUACUCAGACGUACGUCUCUGAGAUAGCUCCUUUGCCCAUGCGCGGUAUUGCUCUUUCGGCAAACACCAUCAUGCUUAACCUCGGCCUGCUCAUGGCUAUUUCUGCAACCUUCAGCCGUCUUUCCAUCAUGGAUCCGUCUACAUUCAGGGUCGUCUUCGCCGCGGCCUGGGUCUUCCCCGGCCUCUUACUCCUUGGUCUUCCCUUCGUGCCCGAGUCGCCGUACUGGCUCGUCAUGAAGGGCAAGCAGCAAGAAGCCCGCCGUGCUCUCCAGAAGCUCUCGCCCGCGGGAUCAAACGUCGAAGCCGCACUCGUGCAGAUCCAGUGCACAGUCGAAGCGGAGCGCGCCCUGUCUGCGGAGAAGGCUUCGCUGAUCGACUGCUUCCGCGGCACCAACCUCAGACGCACCCGCAUCAUUCUGAUCUGCAUGUACAUGCCGCAGAUUUUCGGCGCCUCUCUGUCCGCCAACGCGCCCUACUUCCUCAACCAGACCGGCCUUGACAGCCACACGGUGGUCAUGCUUGUACAGAUCCGUAUCAGUCUCGGCGUCGUCUCUGCCCUUGUCAACGUCUUCUUCAUGAUGCGCCUCCGUCACAGGCCUCUCAUCUUUGCCGGUGUCAGCUUCUGUGUCCUCAUGUAUCUGACCAUGGGCAUCUUUGGCACCAUGGAGCGAUCGCCCAGGAACCUCAAGAUCAUUGGCAUUGCGCUCCUCAUCACGUCCAUCUCGUACGGCCCUGCUGUCGGCGCGUCAACGGCUGUCGCCGGCGAGACAUCUGCCACAAGACUGCGCUCCAAGUCCAUGGGCCUGGGUGAGGGCUUUUCUGCGAUCUGCAGCGUCCUCUGGCAGAUCAUCCUCCCGUGCCUCUUCAACCAGGACCAGGCCAACCUCGGUGGCAACAUUGGAUGGAUUUUCUUCGCCAUGGGAGCGAUCUACUUGGCCAUUACGUACUUUGACGUUUCUGGCACCAAGGGGCGCACUUAUGCCCAGCUAGACACCAUGUUUGAGAAGCGCGUCUCGGCUAGGCGCUUUGAGAAGUAUCAGCUUGAUGCUGACGAGAUUGUGGCUUAG